AGUCACGAGAGGGAGUUUGGGUUUGGUAUCGCGCUUUAACGCCAACCCGUUUAUUUUUUCUAUAAACGCGCUUUUUUUCUCCCCUCUUUCAUAAAUAUGGACGUCGAGAUUUUUAGGUUAAAUAAACAAACCAGCAAGGGAAAACUUGUUGAAUUUCUGAACGAAAGUUCUUCCCAAGAAAUUGCUGCGCUUGUUAAAGAAAAGUUGGACGAUUACAAUUGUUCAAAUGACGUGGAUACAGUGCUCUUACUUCGUUCUAUUCUCAUUGGUUCGCCUAUCGAGGGUGGAUAUAUCGAGCGUAGGUUUAUGGUUGUCAAAUCUGUAAUUGCAUGGUUGAGCAACGAGGAACGAGAAAAAUUAGAGAAAUCUAAGCAAGCAUCCAGUGUGGUCAAUUUAAUUUUACCCGAAAUUGAUCUUUUACCCAGAAACAUGUUGAAGGAAGCAGCAAUGGAUAUUACCGAAAUCAUGAAUGAAAAUAAACCUGUUCAGCUUCGUAUACUAGACCUAUUUUCAAAGAUCUGGAACGUCUUAUCUGCCACAGAUGAAUUAAAUGAUUUGAGCGAUAUCUUUCAAAGCUUGUUGGAAGCCGAAUGGAAUCAUCAAUUAAUUGUCGGUAUAUCUUCUGCUUUAAAUGAAAUGGAAUUGACGUCGCCUCAAUUGGAAAUUAUUGUAAAGCAUAUGACAAGAAAAUUGACAGAGAUGGAAAUGGAAGGAGUGCCGCCUUAUAUUUAUCAGCUUUUGCUUUUAUCCAGAAAGGGUCACAAACGUCUUGUUUUGAGUGGUAUUUUAGAUUACUUUAACUCUACAUCAGCAGAUGAUGCCAGUCGUAUGGAAGGUACAGUAAUGUUGCACAUAACCUUCGCCAUCAAACAGGACAAGGAUUUGGGAGACGAACUCGUCAAACUGAUCAAAAACAACAAAUCAAGUCAACUCGAACUAUUCAACAUCGCUUGUUUAUUAUCCGCUGCCAGAAUCCACCGACUUCAAGACACCAUUUUCGAUCUUUUCAAGUCGUCCAUUGUGUCUAUUUAUAAGGAUAAGGAGAAGUCCGAUCGUUCCCUUUGGAUUUCAAAAUAUUCUCCCUUGGAUGCAGAAAUGUAUCGACAAGUGUUAUUGGAUGUGGUGGAGAAAUCUGCCUCUGGUUGGGAUCAGGUUGUACAAAGCUUGACGCAGUUAUCGUUGAUUUUGAUGGAUUCAUCAACCAAUAAUUUUGGUCAUGCGGGAACAACUACAAGUCGAAGCUAUGGCGUUAAAGGUGAUGGACCACACGAACAAGUCGCAAAUCUCGGCGUGGAUAUACUUUUGAGAUUGUUUAAAUACCACGAUGUUGUACGCGGGGAAAUUCUUGAACAAAUUACAUCACGUAUUGUAUCAAGAUCGGACAAUGCAAAAGAUUUCCUCAGGUUACUCGAAAACAUUAUUAGAGAAUAUCCAGACGCCGUCGAAAAUUAUCUCACCAACAUUAAGGAUACGUUAGAUUUCCUCUCGUUUUUACCUUUGGCGACCGCACAACAUUUACUGGCGGCAAUCCAACCUAUCGCAAAGACAAACGAGCAUUUCAGGGACGGAUUAAUUUUGGUUCUUCGUAAGAGUUUAUUUGCAAAGGAUACAGAUGGCCGUCAAAUGGCGGUGGGUGGAUUUUUAAAUAUUUUAAAUGAUCAACUUACAGAAAUUGCCAGCGGCGAAAAUGAUGGACAGGCCACUGCUACUUCUGAAGGUGUAGCCUUUGAAAUCUUGGGAUUAUUGAGAAGAUGUUUUAGUCAACAAUGCGAGAUUAGAACCAGUGCGUAUCAAGGGCUAGGAUCACUCAGCCAGCAAUACCCAUCAUUUGCAGGAGAUAUUUUCGAAUUACUUUACGCUCAGUUCGUUAAAAACUUUGAAAGAGAUCCCAGUAGCACAAACCCAAUCAAACUCGAAGUCUGUGUAGAAAAUGCAACUAAUGGAGGUUAUCCUAAAAUCUUGGAGCCGAUCCAUAUUCUUUUAGCCAAUACAUUAAAAGCAAUGAAUGCCAUCCAUGUCAAAAGUCUGCCUUCUGUGACACGGGACACUCUGUCGCUAUUCAAAGCCAAUAUGAAAUCCUUUGUCUUGAGACUGUCAAGAGCCACUUUGGAGGAUUUCGAACUCUUGAAUGCUAGCUCUGAUAUGGCUACCCAUAUCGGACUAAGAAAUACUCAGUACGCAUCUCUUUUGGUGGGAGCUUAUGAGGUAGCAAUGGAAUACGAGUAUACGGAUAAAGGAUUGACAAAGAAGUCCAGUGAAAUGAUUGGCAUACUAUAUAAAAAACGCAAAGCUCUUAUGGGACUCCUCACAGGCUCUACUAACGACAAGGGUAAAAAGAACUCCGGAUUUCAAGUUCGAUCCUGUGUUAGUUUAGACUUUAUUUCAACCUUGCUUUUGAACAUGUUUUCAAAAGAAGAGACAGAUACUCCUGCUCAUGAGUUACGAAAAGAUAUAGAUAUGGUGCAGUUCAUAGUUACCAGUACCUGCGAUAGUCUUAGAUCCUCCAUUGAUGAUGAAUAUUCUCAAGAAGAUGACAGUCAUUUCAAAUUAUGUGUCGAUAUCUGUCAAACGUACAUGCAUAUACUAACCAAAGAAGACUCGGAUAGUACAUACGCUAACCAAAACUCCACGAAAAAGGCACCUUCUGUACUUGUAUCUAUUGCAGCUUCGAUCCUUUCUAUCUUUGAAAUCGUGAACAACGUUUGGCCCAAGAAAUUUGUUGAAUUUUUAAAUCAGGUAUUGGAUACUUCAGAAGAAACCAGUCAACCUCACAACCCUAUCAAAAAAUCUAGAAACAGAGUGAUUGUGGAGGUCGUGCUUGAAUUAAAAGAAGUUGUAACAAGGUACUUGUCAGGACGCACACCUAUCUAUAAGGAAGUCUCGGGUAUUAUGCACAUCACGUCAUUCUUGAUCGACAGGCUGGAUAAGAAAAACGAAGAUUAUACAGCUAGAUCACUACAUGUGGUCAAAUGGCUCAAUAACUUAGCCAGAGAAAGACCAAUUGAAGAUUCAGUUCUUGCAAAAGACAUUAUGUCCCUGUUGAUCCGAUCUUGUGCAAGUGUAGGCGAACUAGAUCAUGUUCAAAGUAUCUGUGAAGAUAUACAUUUGUUUACAGGCGAUUUAGAAACGGGUGUAGCAAAUGAUAGCCAAAUAGAACCUGAUAUCACGUACCAAAUCAUCAAUCUCAAAACAUUCUCCACCAUCACUACCCAGAUAUUCGAAUUCCUGGACUCCUCACUGGAUGAUCUGACCUGGUGUACCGGUCGCUUAAAAUUGUGUGCGGCAGGACCUGAUGAGGAUACAAUAAGAAUAUUUGAAAAGGAGUACUGUAAACGACUUAUUUCACUCAUGAUUAUUCUAAGCGAGUUGGUAAAGGCUGUACUAACUGAUGUACAUGCAGAAAGCUUAUUUAAGACACUUGUCAAAGCUUACAGGACGUUGCAUACAUUUGUGAAAUAUAAAAUCGUCUAUCCUCAGGAUAUAUCACCUGAUUUCAUCAAUGUAAUUAGUAAAGCAGGUACUGAAAUUACCGAAAGAAUGUACAAGUUCUUGACUGUGUACGGACAAUCCCAACAACAGGAAAAUGUCAGUGUGAAAAAGAAGGGUAAAAAGAAGGAAGUCAAUUUGAAACAAAGAGCCAAAAUUCAAAGGGAAUCCAGAAUGAUUCCCAAUUUGAUUUUUGCAGUGGAACAAUUUGAACGUCAUUUGAUCCAAUUAAGCAGGAAAUCCAGGGUAGACUUUAUGCAGUACAUGAAACGUAGUACCUCUCGAGAUUUCAAGAUACAAAUGAGUCUCAUCAAUCAAGAGAGCUCGGAAGAAGAAGAAGAGGAUGAGAAAGCAAAGACAGAAGCUGUUUCCAAUGACAGCGAAACGGAGGAGAAUGAAGGUCCCUCUACAAAACGUGCACGAAGAGACUCAUAAAGAGUACUGAGAAAGAAGAAUACAAAA